UGAUUGGCCGAGAGGUGACCACGUGGUGGAGCGCAGUCAGUCUCUGUGCGGUGCCUCGAGCCAGCGCUGAGUGGAGCCUGUCUGCCAGCAGCUUCAGCAGCGGCUCUAUCUGGAUCCUAGCACACUCACUGACAAUUAAAGGAGGCCCCUUUUCCUUCUUAUUCCCGCGGAUUAUUGUUCACCAUGGGCGACAAAAAGAGCCCUACCAGGCCAAAAAGACAAGCUAAACAGACCGCCGACGACGGCUACUGGGACUGUAGCGUCUGCACCUUUAGGAACACAGCCGAGGCUUUUAAAUGCAGCAUCUGCGAUGUGAGGAAGGGCACAUCAACAAGGAAACCCAGGAUCAACUCCCAGCUGGUUGCCCAGCAGGUGGCCCAGCAGUACCCCAUGCCUCCCCCGCCCAAAAAAGAGCGACGGGAGCGGAGCGAGCGCACAGACAGGGAGCGGCCAGACGGUGAAGCCGAGCGCGCAAACGGGGAGGCUCGCCCCGAAAGUGAGCGCCCAGACCUAGUGAGGCCCGAGGGAGACGCCCCAGACAAGGACCAUAGCGACAAGGAACAGCCGGUCCAAGACAAAGCCGACAGAGAGAAGGACAUCAGCCCGGCCAUCACGAAGAAGCCGGGCAUCAAAAAGAGCAGACCCAAAUCAGACAACCAUCAGAGCCCGCCGAGCGAUAAGCAAAGUAUACAGUCUGGCAAAUCAGUAACCAAAACCAACAAGAAUAAUCACAUUUCCAGGCCCAAACUGAAGAACAUCGACCGGAGUACGGCCCAGCAGCUGGCCAUCACCGUGGGCAACGUGACGGUGAUCAUAACAGACUUUAAGGAGAAGAGCCGCUCCUCGUCCACGUCCUCGUCCACCAUCACGUCGAGCGCAGGCUCCGAACAGCAGCACCAGAGCUCCGGCUCCGAGAGCAUGGACAAGGGCUCCUCGCGUGCCUCCACGCCCAAAGGGGAUCUCUCCGUGGGGCACGACGAAUCCUUCUGAGGGCCCGCCACCCCCCCCGCCCUCGCCAGUUUCUCCCUUUACCACGCCCACUUCACCCCUUUUCACUGUUGCUUUCUGGACACCGUGGAUCCCAAAAGGGGGAGAGACUUACCUUCCCCACCCUGGAUGCUAAGGUACUGGCUGGAGGAGGAGACUCGGAUACACGCCCUCGUCGGCAACUCCUCCAACGGCAGAGGAAAAGCAGAGCUGUGGUUCAAGGCCAGACACUUGUACGUAUUGUUUUAUAUUUCAACGUGGAUGUGGGGCCGAGUCCAUCUUUUUUUUUUUUUGUCAAGAACAAUUCUCCGACGGGCACAAUAACCACCAUCCUUUUAUUAUUCUCCGUACCCUUAUUUAUUACCUUGUUGCACCUGUAUACUUUGAUAUUUCCUUUUUUAUGUUGAAGCUUUGCUGUGUAGCUCUGCCCAACCAUCGUAUCCUCAGUGUUUUUAUUGCAGUUAAAAACUAUGCCAGGACCCCCCCCCCUCCCCAACACACACACACACACACACACACACAAAGGUGCUAGAUUCACUGUGAAAGGUUUUUUGCCCAAUCGCUCAAUGUGAUGAUGACAAAAAAUCAUCACUCCCUUUUCACUCUGAACACUGUUGGGACCUUCCUCCCCACUGGCGUUGGAUCAGAAAAAGGUCACCUGAAGGCCAGAUGCCCGACUUUCGACUCGAUUGUCUAUAAUCUUAUACAGUAUUGUGUGUCCUUAACUGUACAGUGUAGGCUGUUGUGUGAAACACUAAAAGCUGUCUAUUUCCUCCAUUCCGUACUUCAAAUCUUGGCUUUUCCGAAUGAAAGGUUGAAGUUGUGCGGCUCUUAAGUUGGAGUUUUGUCUUGGAAUGGCUGAUUGGGACCGUUGCGCGCCGUCCCACUCGGUGAAACCAACACUCUUUGGGACCGUUGCACGCCGUCCCACUCGGUGAUACCAACACUCUUCAACCAACUCUUGUUUCGUUUUUGUUGACGCCUCGAUACGUGAUACAGUGGAACCUCUGUUAGCGUCAUGAAUCCGUUCCGGAAGAUCCGUUUCUCACUGAAGCCAGAUAUGAAGCAGAAUACUUUUUUAUAUAGUUUUCCAUACGGAAAACCAUUUAAAAUGCAUAUAAAUGAUGAAUGAAAGGGAUAAAUGAGUAUUUAACCUAACUUAACUAGGUAGGAGUUAUUUCCUGUGUUCAAUAGGGUUUCACACCUACAUAAAAUUGCUGGCACUUGAACCUUUUCUUGGCUCUAUUGUGGGUUAUUUGGCAUCCGCGAUCAAUAAGAAAAGCAUAGACUAGUAUCGUAACUGUGUUUGCUAGCAGGGAACUACAGCAAACGAUGAUGGAACUGGGGGACAAAUGAACUGAGACAAUCUUUUUGCCAGAACUCACGAUUCCGGAUUUGUGCUAACAAGGAUGUUUUGUGCGUAAAAAAAAAUGUUACAAACGCAAUUGAACUCAUGCGAUUUACGACGGAGCAGGGUGACGGUGAUUACCAGUUCCGUUUUCCAUGCUAACACCCCGCUAACAGCGGCGUUUUGGAAUAAAGACACACAGUCGGACUCUCGCAGUUUAUUAAUAACCUGAAUAACCGAGACCAUAUUUUUGACUGAGCUCGGGAACAAUGACUUCCGGUUUCGGAUUCCCUGCUAACAUGCUAACAAUGUCUUGUGCUAAAAAUAUAUUAUGAACACAGUUGAACUCAUGCAGUUUUAUGAACAAAACGCUACUAUAUUGGAUGUUAAACGACUAAUGUACGCAAACCGAGGCAAACAUUUCAUGUGAAUUUCAGCUUCCAGUUUUGUUUUCCACGCUAACACCCUGCUAACGGUGACAUUUGGUAAUAAAGACACAUUUUGAACACAGUCAGACUCUCGCUGUUUAGUAUUAACCUGACGUACGCUAACCGGGAAUGUUUGCAAACCAAGUUUUGGUGGUGGUUUUCUACUGGCGACGGAACUAGUUGACAAUUCCGUUUUCCACGCCAAUAUGCCGGUAACGGACGUUUUGUGGUAAAUAUACGUUCCGAACACAGUCGGAUUCGGUCGUGUAUUCAUAGCACAACAAGAUGCUCACUAGAAUUGUACGCUGCAUUUUUUUGAUAUGCUAACUCGGGUUCCACUGUAUAGAAACGAGUGCAAAAACAUUUUUUUUAAUUUGAAAAAUGAAUGAAAUCCUUUUGUAGUAAUGGAAAGACUCCAGUCAUUGAAGGUAAAAGUGUUGCUGUGGUCAGUAAAACACAAUCGCUCUUUCAGUUCUUUGACAACACAACACUUAUUUAAAGGUUGGAUUUCACCUUUAGCUCAUAAUACUAGAACAACCUAAUUUCCUUUUCAACUGUAUGAAAUUGUAUAAAGAAUAAAUGUGUAUAUGAUAUCUUAGUUUUAUUUAUUGAAGGACCAAAGGAAUUUCAUAUUGACAUACAUAGAUGAAUAACAAUUUGAAAUGCAAUUACUGCAAUUAUCUAAUGUUUGAGAUGAAUAAAGACUAAUAUAAUCAUGUAAAUGGUGUUUUAUUGUUCACUCAUUGUCACGGCAGUACUUGUGCCCCCACCCCCAACGCGCGGGUGUUUAAUUUGUAUCUUCAAUCAUACGUGUCUCAUAUCUUUUUGUUUCUUCUUCUGUGUAAUCAUACUUUAUUGAGUAAAACUAUGCCAUCAGUGUUCAAGGUGGGGAGAGAGGCCGAGUGGGCCGGACAAUGUCCAAUUUGUACACCCGAACCACCCGCUUUUGUAUCGCAAUCUUUCCAAAAACUGGCCCGAAAAGCCACGAUUUCACCUGCCUUACCUGCAGCCACAUGCAAGUGAAGGGUAAAUGAAUGACUCUUGGCCGUUUGGAGUAUAUGACGUGUAUAUACUUUUAAAAAGGUGCAAACACUAUGAAAUGAUUGAAGCUGAAGUUUUCUUUUUGGUUUUUUUUUUUAUGUUACCCGUUUUUCUUUCCGCGCAAGCAGUUCUGUUCUUGUGUGCGACCAGUAACCUUAAUUUACUGUGUAAAGAUGGUUACAUUUUUUUAGCUUGGUUUGUCAGAGACCCGAAUAUAGAAUGCUUGUUUACUGACUGUAUAUCUCUAACCGUGAAUUUCCAACUCAGUGUAUUAUACAAACUCAUUUCUUCCUAUAAGAUGUCUUGUACAACGCUUUUAAAGCUUAUUGUUCCGUUGGGGGAAGGAAAAAAAAAAUGUCGGAUACAAUAAUCCAUAUUUUUGUUGAAUCUUUUUUUAUUUUUUUUGCAUUAGUUUUGUUGAACUUGGAGCUGACGUGUCAUUGUUUCCUCUUGUGAAAUGCUCACGUUUUGAGUUUUCUGGUGUGGAAAUGUACAUAGCAUUUUCAGCACAUCACGGCUUCUUGUCCAGCUUCUGAUGUUGAAAUGCGACAUGUUCCUGGCAUGUGCACGACUUUUGCGCUGAUAGGCUAAACCUGAUCAUUUUCCUUCUCGCUUCAAAUAGAAAA